AUUGUCGCGUUUAGCUACAUUAGCUGCAAACAUUUUCUAUAAUUAAAAUGGCAAAAAUAGAAAAGAAAGAGAUUCUUCAAGCUGUUUUAAUGACAGAUAAUUUCAACGAUAACUUGAAACCGUUUUCAUUAUUUAAUUCUCCUGCUCUUUUACCCCUAGUUAAUGUUCCUUUGAUAAGCUUUGCUCUAGAAACACUGAAUCGUAAUGGUGUUGAAGAAGUAUGGAUUUUCUGUGCAUCUUAUGUUGAUAAAAUCAAAUCAUUCACCAAAAAUGGAAUCGAACAAAAUUUAACAUGGUCCGUUGGUAUGAGCAUACAAAUUGUUUCAUCGGAAGUAAGAUGUUUUGGAGAUGCAAUGAGAGAAUUAGAUGCUAAAGGGAAAUUGAGAAAUGAUUUCAUUCUUAUGGGAUUCGAUACAAUCACUAAUGCAAAGUUAAUUCCAUCUAUCAUGAAAAUGCAUAAAGAAAAAUGCAAACAAGACAAAGGAACGGCAAUGACAGUGGUUUAUAAGAAAGUUGCUCCUGGCCAACGUACUGGUAAUGAAGUGAUGAUAGCCACUGAGAAAAGAACUGGAAGAAUGCUUUUUCAUCAACGCAUAUCAGCAAUAACAAAAGAAGAGAAAUUCAAAUUUCCUCUAGAAAUCUUCCUUAAUAAUCAAGAAGUUGAACUUCAUCAUAAUUUGCUCGAUCCUCAAAUUGCCAUUUGCAGUUCAUCAGCACUUCCAUUAUUCUCCGAUAAUUUCGAUUAUGAAACCCGAGAUCAAUUCAUCAGAGGUUUGGUGAUGAAUCAAGAAAUUCAAUCAGACUCGGUUUACGUUGCACAGCUGGCCAAUGAACAGUAUGCAGCUAAAGUUAGUGAUUGGGAUGCUUAUCACACAAUAAGUCGAGAUGUUAUCAAUCGAUGGGUUUAUCCAUUCGUACCUGACAUGGGCGUUUGUUGUCUUAGCCAGCAAUAUUUAUUUCUUCGCAAUAACAUUUAUCGACAUAAAAUGAUUAAAGUUGAACGAAACUGUUCACUCUUAAAUGAUGUUGUAAUUCAUCAAGGCUGCACAGUUGACGAAAAAGCAAUUCUAUCAAAUUGUGUCUUCGGUAGAAAUUGUAAAAUAGGAAAGAACUGUGUAAUUUAUAAUGCUUAUAUCUUUGACGACGUAGUAAUUGGUGACGACUGUAAACUAGAGAAUUGCAUCAUUGGAAAUAAAGUUCUAUUAAAGACUGGUUGCAUAGUUAAUGGAGGUGCAAUUAUAUCUGAUUGUUGCAUUAUCGAAAUGAAUAGUAAAGUUGAAGGAUUUUUAAUUCAAUCUACUUUGCCUGAUGCUGACGAAUAUUCCACGGAUGAAUACGAGAAAUUUGGUGAAUUUGCUUACAAAUUAAAAGAACAUACAGAAGCUGAAAAUCUUUGUAACUCCGAUGAAGAUCUCGUCAAUAAUGCAGAAAUUCAUUUGAAAUUUUUCAAGUUGUCUUAUCGUGAGCCUAAUUACGAGUCAAGUGCGUACAGUUCUCAAAAUGAAAGCGAUGAUGAAGAUAAUGGCCCGACUUUUCAACAAGAUGACAGUCACAUUUUCUUAUCAGAAGUUAUUGAAUCGCUCAAACGUGGCUUCGAAGAGAAAUCCAAUCCCGAUUUUCUCAUAUUGGAAAUUAAUUCAUCACGAUAUGCUUACAACAUGGCACUUAACGAAGUCAAUUUCUUUGUCGUUAAGGCUGCCUUCAAUCUUCCAACAGUCCUUUCAAAUUCAGAACCAAUGAAAGGAUUUAUUCAAAUUUAUUCUUAUCUUGGCGAGAAAGUGCUAAAAAACUACAUUAAAGGUGAAAGUGCGAUGCUAGAUUGUCUCAAUGCAAUUGUCGAAUGUUGCGAAGAAAGUGACAAUCUCAAACCCAAGUUAAUGCACAUUGUGAAGUUUUUAUAUGACAAAGAUGUUUUAAGUGAAGAUGUGAUAUUGUCUUGGUAUGAAAAUGUCGACGCUUGGGUAGUAAAAUCGCUACAACCAUUGAUAAAAUGAAAAAUGAAUGUUUCAAGAGAAUUUUUGAUUGUGCCAUCGCAAUUUCAUUUAUUCAUGCAACUUCCAGAACAUAUUCAAGUGAAAAUUUUAGAUAAUUGUCAGAAUGUUCGGACGAUGUUGAAUUUAACUGAAACUUGUAGACAAAUGCAUCAGUUGUUCCUUUCUUCACCUCAUUUAAUGAGACGCAUUAAGUUAGUGAUAAAAUUUACGCGCAAUAGUGACGAUGCUGUAGACAAAUUGUCGACACUCCUUACGAAUGCAUCGAUUGGAAGAAGAUAUUCAAAACUAAAACUGAUAUAUGCUAAUGAAGGAUUGUUAUGCUAUUCAAAAUCAUUAAUGAUUAAAAUUUUAAAGAUUGUUGGCGGAAGUGUCAAAGAGUUGGAAGUGUCAUUAGGCCAUUACAAUGUUACCAAUUUACAAGAAGUUUUAAGAUGUUUUGAUGUAGAGAAAGUGACACUGAGCAACUUGCAAGUUGAUAUCGACUCACCAAGUGAUUAUCAUGACAUCCUUCCAAAUUUAAAAGAAUUGCUGCUUAUUGACUCAUCAUCGUCAGUUUUACAACUCUUCAGAAAUUUUACAACCCUUCGUCGUUUCAAAUUUCAUUUGCAACCAAGGGAAUCAGAAUCAUUCAGUUGUGGCGUUGAAAAGUUCGAAAAUUUUAUUCUGCAACAGAGAGCAUUGAAAUUUUUGGAGUUUAGUCGAUUGCAUAGACUUUGUCUGUUCCGUGAUAACUCAUUAGAUGAAAUUAAAUUUCAAUUGGACUCAAUAAGCGCCAAUAGAUUUUUUCUUCACAAAAACAACGCAAUAAACUUCUUCAGCAUGCAAAAAAACCUUCACACUGUUAAGCUUUUCGAUUUCUAUGAUUUGAGAAUAUUUUCAGACCCAACUGAGUAUAGUAAAGUUCUUCGUGCUAUUUUCCUUCUACCGAAACUAAAGACUGUCGGGAUUUACAAUCGAACUGUCAACGUGGAAGAUUUUUCAUAUUUAUGUGAUAUCAGGAACAAAUCAGUUAAACAUCUAGAAUAUGACAUGUGGAAUUCAAUUGUCCUUUCGAAGCUUGUCGAAAUUUUUCCAAGACUAAAAAAUAUUUCAUUUCGAUGCUUCACCUUGAAACUCAAAAAUGUUCCAUGUGACAAACUUGCGAUAAUCAACACAAGUGGAGGAUACAAAUUAGAAGAGUUUAACUAUCAGCCAAUGAAUUUUUGCAUGUUAAAUGGAAAGUUCCCACAAAUUCUUAGCAAUUUUAUACAAAGACACAAAUCAAUUAAACACUUGACAAUCGGUCAAAGCAGUUGGAUUGAAAGCAACUUUGGUUUAGACUUGAAUUUCUGGAUUGAAGUAUUAUUUUAUCUCAGUGAUUUAUGCACUUUGGUGAUAUACAAUCCACUCCAUAUCAAGCUUUUAAUUAUGUUAAUAGCGAGAAAUAAAAAUGUUUUAAAUUCUGUUACUCUCUACACUAAUGAAUUUGGUAGGAAGGAAUCUCAGGAUCGAAAAUUUUCCAACCAUAUAAAAAUGUAUAAAAUCACACGAAUAGUCCUUUCUAACUUUCGAAGAAUUGGAUUUUAUAAAAAUCAAAUCGAAUUUCAAUCUAAACUUCCCCUAAUAAAGGCGCCGGUGAAAAUUUUGUUGAGUGCCAGUGGAAUAGCAUUAUUUGAAAGUAAAAAUGAUUACAAAGAGAAAAAGAUUGAAGACGAAAAGGAAUCAGAACUGAUUAUGGCAAUUAAAAGAGGUGUUUUAGCUGUUCAAAGAGAAGAAUAUAAAAAGGCAGAACAAUUGUUUCACGUAGCACUUCGGAUGGCUCAGACAUUAAAAAAUCAACUUGCAGUUACUUACAUAUUUGAUUUAAUGGGAAAUCUUGCUUAUGAAUCCAAUGAACUGGAUAAAGCUGAGAAACUUUUUGUCGAUGUUAUCCAGCGACUUAUGCAAUUGGAAAAAGCUGCUGAAGACGACAUCAGAUUACUUCACAUUUCAACUAAACUUGCUCAUAUUUCAUACUUGAAAAAUAAUCUAGAAAAGGCAAUGAUAGGCUACGAAUACGUUUUGGAGAGAAUAGAAAAGAAAGAUUACUUAAGUGAUGAAAAUUUGCAUGAACUUUGGGGAAUGUGUAAAAAUUUUAUCGGCCAAGCUUUUAUCUCUCUAAAGCAACAUCAAAAGGCACAAAAGGCUUUAAAUGAUGCUAUGAAAAAACUUAUUGAGAAAGCAAAAGCAGCAUGUAAAGGUGCCUGGAUGAAUGCUGUGAAGUAUAAAAAUAAAGAAUCUAUUCAGGGAGCUGAAAAAUGUUUAGAACAAGUCAAAAAUGCUGUUGUAUGA